AUGGAAGAGAACAAAAUUGAAGUUGUAAAUGAAAAUUCGGAAAACAAAUUCAAGGUUUCAGGAUGGGGCUACAGACACAAGCAGUGUUUUAUUCUGUUCUGGACGUUAACCAUAGCGUACAGCAUGAGGUCUUGUAUGGGGGUAGCGCUAGUAGCUAUGACAGACCAUCACGUACGGGGUAACGGCACUAACGUUACCGAUGUCAGUAACUUCGAAACCGACGGAUUCUUGAAUGCUCUAAUGAUUGUACCACCAUACCCUGCAUUUAGCUGGAGCAAAAAAGUUCAAGACACAGUGAUCGCUUCGUUCUUCUGGGGCUACAUGCUGUUGCAGAUCCCGGCAGGACAGAUAGCGCACAGGUUUGGGACUAGGUACCUGCUCAGUGGCGCCAUGAUGAUCAACUGCUUAGUUUCCAUCUUUUUCCCAAUAGCUGCAUAUUACGGUGGCUGGAUAUGCUCGGCAAUAUGCAGGGUUCUACAAGGUCUAAGUCAGGCUUGCAUAUUGCCUGGACUACACACUGCUUUGGGCAAGUGGGCGCCUCUACAUGAGCGAGGAAGAAUGUCUGCUUUCGUCUAUGGAGGUCAAGCGUUAGGUACAGUAUUUGGUCUACCUAUCACUGGUUUCAUUGCUUCAUCACCCAUGGGCUGGCCUGGCAUAUUCAGGUUCUAUGGAAUUGUGUCUGGCAUUGUAAGCAUAGUGCUAUGGUUUAUGGCUGCUGACUCUCCGGCGAAGCACCCUAAAAUAUCAGCUGAUGAAAGAAAGUACAUAGAAGAUGAACUGGGAACGGGAGAAGCAGCUAAGCGUGCAGCAGUACCCUGGGGAAAAAUACUUCGUCAUAAAGGUAUGUAUGCCAUUGUGAUCUCACACAUUGGACAGACUUGGGGCCAGAUCACUCUCUACUCAGAAGUUCCAGCCUUCAUGGACAAAAUUAUGGGAGUCAACAUUAAAGCGAAUGGCUUACUAACAGCUCUCCCAUUCUUAGUGAUGUGGUUCACCAACUUCUUCUUCAGCUGGAUGACUGAUAUGCUUAUUGUGAAGAACAUUCUGAGUGUCACUAAUACUAGGAAACUAGCUAAUUCACUAGGAAACUUCCCAGCAGCCAUUGGCUUGGUUGCGUUAGCCUAUGUUCCUAAAGAUAUAUACGUCAUAGAAACUAUACUAAUACUUAUCUGUGGGUUCAAAAUAUCAUCACAUUUAGGAUUCCACAUCAACCAUAUUGAUAUUUCUCCAAAUUACGCUGGCACUAUGAUGAGUAUCAGCAACUUUGUGUCCAACUCCUGUGCCUCCAUGGCACCUCUCGUCGUUGGGUUCAUUCUUACUGACGUGACUGAUGAACUUCUCUGGAGAAAAAUAUUCUUCGUAGCGGCUGGAAUUUACUUCUUUACAAAUAUAGUUUAUCUUGUACUCGGCACUGCUGAGAAGGCUGAAUGGAAUGACCCACCCGAAGAAAAGACCGAAAAAGUUGAUGAAGAGAGCGUCCCUAUGAUGGGCAAAUUUAAAAAUGGUGUAAACUAA